AUGUCACGCUUCCCUCUUCUCCGUCUUCCUACUCUACCUCUUUUGAAUUGUAUUCAAUAUCUGAAAGUAUUCGAGAUAAUCGAUUUCUCUCUUCUCUCGAAACGAACGAAAGCCCUCGUCUCACUCGUCAACUGGAAUCAACCUGAUAUUCAUUUAAAUUUCUAUGAAAACUCGAAACUUUGUCUGAAAUUUCCAAACGAUCCAGGUCUGCAAUGGAUCUUAGACUUCCGUGUUGAAUUGGAUGAUGAAUUGGAUCAUAACACUAGAGAAAUCGAUGGAAAUCUGUUUCCAUCAUACAUUGAUUCAGCUCUCCACGGUCCGAAAGCAUUUCAUUAUCUGACAUUUCCAAAUGAUGAGCACUUUGAAACAAUGCGAAAAAUGGCAGAACAUGUUUCAAUGAUAUUCAGAACACCGAUUGCAAGUUUUGAAAUAAAUCAGCAGAGCGAUCCAUCGACAAUGUCAAUUGUGAAAUGGUUGAGUACAUUGCAACCAUCAGUUGUAGAUCUUCAUAUCGACUAUGAGGUAACAACUUCUGUCCCAACUUUGUUGUUUAUUCUGGAUAAUAUCAUCAUGACUGACCACUUUAGUUUCAAUUUGGAAGAGAGUACCCCAGAUUUCGAAUAUCACAAGGCAAUUAACAUUCCCGCAGUUAUAUUAUCUCAUUCUCAUUGGAUAACACUGAAAUCUAUACUGAAUUCAAGCAGUCGAGUGCUUAUUUUAUGUGAAUCCAAUUUGACUCUUCACGACAUCAAUAGCUUCUUAAACCACUGGCUGAACGGAUCCAAUCCAAAACUUGAGUAUAUUUCUAUUCGAAGAUCUAUAAAGAGAAUGGAAGAGAAUGUUGAAGAAACCUUCCGGAUAAUAACAAAGGAUCUCGAGAUUAGGGAACAUGAAGAAGAUGGGAAGAGACCAAUGCAAAUAGUGCUUCAUCGAAAGGCAACAUACCAACUAUCAAAUUCGCUAUGUUAUGAUAUAGUGAGAGAUGAUGGAACCAUUGGAACAUUUCAUCAAAUUUACUUUGCUCGUUCAGAUGAUCCUGACUUUUUAAUGCACUAUUUUUAUUUCCAUGUUUGGAAUAAAUUAAUGUAA